CAGGGGAUGGAUUUUUCAACAAGAUGAUGACCCCACAAACACAUCCAAAUCAGAAGAAUGGUCGUGGGAACACAAAAUCAAUUUUUGUAGUGGCCAUUCCAGCCUCUGGAUCUGAACUCUACUAAACAAAAAAGCCGUGGUCUGAAUUGAAGAGGGAAUUCCACAUGAUCAAAAGGAGCUUGAGAUGUUUUGCACGGAGGACUGUCCGGGAUUCAAGUGGAACGGACUGUAUAGCAAAGAUGACACAGCAGUUUAGCAGUUCAACAACUUUUGUCUGUGUGUGAUGUUUCCAGGAUUAGCACAAUGGAGAAGGCAGACUAGCACUAUGUUUCAAUCAGCAGAUUACGAAAUUGCACCAGUGUUCAUUAAAGAAUGCCCACACACAGGGUGAAACAUGGAGUUAUACCAACUUUUACACACAAGAGUGUUUUAUUUCACUCUCACAUCUCUCACUUUCUUUCUCUGCGUGUGUCUCGAUCUCUGGGUUGGUUUUUUUUUGUUGUUUUUUUCUCUCCUUGAGUGAUGAAUAGAAUUUUUGUACCUCUAUGUGGCCCCACAGUUCAUCACACACACACACACUGAAGAAUGAGAAAGAAAGAUGUUUGUCACUGACUGGACAGGCAUAAACAAUUCUCACACAAAGAGUUGGAGUGACACACAACCCCUAUCCCCCACUUUCUCCCCUCCUUUCUCCUCUCCCCUCUCUCUACCCCUGUCUCUCUAUAAAAGCCUUCUCUGCACUCACCCCCGGCCUCAUUUACCACUCAUCAUGGAGACCCAGCGUGUCCUCUCGUCCUACCGAAAGCGUUUCGGGACUCAGAGCAGCCCCUCAGCCCCGCACGUCACCAGGAGCCUCGGGCGUCUGUCCCUCCACAGCACCCCACGACACACGGCCCUGUCCAGCCCAAGCGUGUCACGUCUGUCCCUGGGAACCGAGAGGCUUGACUUCUCGGCCGACUCGCUGCUGAAGGCUCAGUACCGUGAGACGCGCACCAAUGAGAAGGUGGAGAUGAUGGGCCUGAAUGACCGCUUUGCCAGCUACAUCGAGAAAGUACGUUUCCUAGAACAGCAGAACAAGGUGCUGGUGGCCGAGCUGAAUCAGCUGCGUGGGAAGGAGCCAAGCCGCCUCGGGGACAUCUACCAAGAGGAACUGAGGGAGCUGCGCAGGCAGGUGGAUGGCCUGAACAAUGCCAAGGCACGGCUGGAGAUUGAGAGGGACAACCUGGCAGCUGAUGUGGGCACACUGAAGCAGAGACUUCAGGAUGAGACUGCGCUGAGGCAAGAUGCAGAAAACGGCCUGAAUGCAUUUAGACAGGAUGUGGACGAGGCAGCUCUGAACAGGGUGCAGCUGGAGCGGAAGAUUGAAGCGCUGCAGGACGAGAUCAAUUUCCUGAAGAAAGUCCACGAGGAGGAAAUGCAGGAGCUGCAGGAGCAGGUGAAUGCUCAGCAGGUGCACGUGGACCUGGACGUGUCUAAACCGGACCUGACUGCUGCACUGAGGGAGAUCCGAGUGCAGUACGAGGCCAUGGCAACCUCCAACAUGCAGGAGACUGAGGAGUGGUACCGCUCCAAGUUUUCGGAUCUGACUGACGCAGCCAAUCGGAACGCAGAGGUUCUGCGCCAGGCAAAACAGGAAGCCAACGAUUACCGCAGACAGAUUCAGGUCCUGUCGUGUGACCUGGAGUCUCUGCGUGGAACCAACGAUUCUCUGGAGCGGCAGCUGCGUGAGAUGGAGGAGCGUUUCUCCACGGAUACAGCGGCGUAUCAGGACACGGUGGUGCGUCUGGAGGAUGAGACCCAGGCGCUGAAGGAGCAGAUGGCCCGACAUCUGCAGGAGUACCAGGACCUCCUCAACGUCAAACUGGCGCUGGACAUCGAGAUCGCCACCUACAGGAAGCUGCUGGAGGGCGAGGAGAGCCGGAUCACUGUUCCUGUGCAGAAUUUUUCCAACAUACAGUUCAGAGAAACCAAUAUUGACACUAAAACACCCUCUGAGAGUCUCACUAAGAGAAGCAUCAUCGUGCGCACCGUGGAGACACGCGAUGGAGAGAUCAUAAAGGAGUCAACCACGGAGAGGAAGGAGCAGCCGUAAUCCGACAGCCGCGUCUGACGUGGAGCGACGAGACUUCUUCGCUUCAUCACCACACACAAAAAGGAAUGACCACGACACUGAGAUUACACUGCUGAAGCUAAUUCAAGGGAAACCGGAGAAUCUGAGAUUAGAAGCUGAGAUUUUGGAUAAACACGAGCGCAAUAAAACAGAACGUCACUGUUACAAUAAAACCAUUAACAGACUUAACUUAACAAAAUGAUAUAUUAUCCAGCCUUCAAGCCUUUACUCUUAUAUCAUCAUUUACUCUUCACUAACAUCUCAAUAGCAGACAAACUGUCAGACAACCUGAGUGUUUAGAACACAUAGAUUAAAAUAGGUACUGAUAAAGAUAAGAUUGAAAGUGACGUCUGAUUGUGUCUAAUUAAAGAGACCGUAGGUCAUAAUUACGAUAAAAUCUGUUCAUUCCUGCUCAAAGAGGACCAGUGCUGCCUUCAUAUGUUAUUAGAUGGCUCCAGUGAUUGUUCCUGUAGAAAAUGUAUUAUCCUAAAUACGCCGUACUUUUGUAAUAAUUAGUGAUCAGGCCAAAUACGUGAUUAGUCUUAGAUCUCACGGUAAUGUAGUACGUUUUCAAAAUUUCCAAAACGUCUAGACGCAACAACAACAACAACAAAAAAAACGUUCGCCCUAAAGUCCGGAGAUACAAAAGAGCUAAACUGACCGUACUCUCUGGGUAGGAGGGGCAUACUCUCUCUCUCUCCUGUCAAUCACAGCGACACUAGUCAAUCGUGGGCAUCCGUGAAAUUAUGCAUAUGGAAGAGAGCAGCGAGCAUUUUCCUCGGAGUGCCAGCUGCAGUUCGAACAGAUGCAGGUUGCUAGCUUCACGUGCCUCUGAUUGGUUGCUGUUGUAUAAUCGUAUGAGAGCUGGCUGAUGGGUAGGAAAUGACCGAGACCAAAUGAGAGCGAUGGGCAGAAAAAAUAGGAAAACGUUAAGGAAUAGAUCAAGCUAGCGAACUAGCCUAACCCUGGCAUUAUUGGACACUUAUUGGAAAGACUCCGUAAUAGGGACAAUAGGAAAACACGACGAAUCCAAUAAGCAUGUGAAGGCAGCACUGAGUUACACAUGACCAGGCUAGGAAAUGUACUGAGCUCUCAUUGUUAAUUGAACAUUUCUCUUUUUUUGUUUUGUUUUGUUUUGUUUAGAGAGGAUGAUUGUCUAGAUUUGAGUAGGUGUGGAACAGGCAGCGAGAUGUAGCUUCAUGUCGAAGGGGUCUGCAUAGACGUACUGUGUUGCAGCGGGAGGACGUGGAGGGUUUAGCACUUUUUUGGGGAAUUUGGAAAGUAAUUUAGGAGCAUCCUAUAGCGAGGGGAAUUGAUCGGCGGUGCUACGUGAAUAUGGAAGUUUUUCGCCUCAUCCUUGUGUGUCUCUUGACUUUGUCUGUCUUGUUCAUUUUUAACGCUUCAUUGUUAACGCUGUUACGUAGCGUCGCCUGUUUAAUUGACGUGACUGAUCCGAAUAAAGACCUUUCUUUGUUGUUGUUUAACUGAAUGACAGCUGGAACAUG